CACUGGAGGCUCGGCGCCAGUCUCUCCGUUACUAGCAUCAGAAAUAAAUACGAGUGAACUUUAUUAAAAAUAUUCUGUGAAGUAAAGUAUUGAAAGACAUUGGGAUCCUCUGUCGUCCAACAAUGAAUCUAGAUCUGCUUGAAUCCUUCGGGCAGAACUACCCGGAGGAGGCAGAUGGCACCCUGGACUGCAUCAGUAUGGCCCUCACCUGCACCUUCAACCGCUGGGGCACCCUGCUGGCUGUGGGCUGCAACGACGGCCGCAUCGUCAUCUGGGACUUCCUCACACGGGGCAUCGCCAAAAUCAUCAGCGCACACAUCCACCCGGUCUGCUCUUUAUGCUGGAGUCGAGACGGCCACAAGCUGGUGAGUGCCUCCACAGACAACAUCGUCUCGCAGUGGGAUGUCCUGACUGGAGACUGCGACCAGAGGUUCCGCUUCCCCUCACCCAUCCUCAAGCUGCAGUGCCACCCCAGAGACAUGGACAAAGUGCUGGUGUGUCCCAUGAAGUCAGCGCCGGUCCUGCUGACGCUCUCAGACUCCAAACACGUCGUCCUGCCAGUGGACGACGACUCAGACCUCAAUGUGGUGGCUGCCUUCGACAGGCGGGGGCAGUACAUCUACACAGGCAACGCCAAAGGAAAGAUCCUGGUUUUGAAAACAACCAAUCAGGAGCUGGUGGCUUCCUUCAGAGUUACGACAGGCACCAGCAACACCACCGCCAUCAAAUCCAUUGAAUUUGCACGCAAGGGCAGUUGCUUCCAUAACACAGCAGACCGGAUCAUCAGGGUGUAUGAUGGCAGGGAGAUUCUGACCUGUGGCCGAGACGGAGAGCCUGAACCCAUGCAGAAGCUGCAGGACCUGGUCAACAGGACUCCGUGGAAGCGUUGCUGUUUCUCCGGCGAUGGCGAGUACAUCGUGGCCGGUUCUGCCCGGCAGCACGCGCUCUACAUCUGGGAGAAGAGCAUCGGCAACCUGGUGAAGAUCCUUCAUGGAACCAGAGGAGAGCUGCUGCUGGAUGUGGCGUGGCAUCCUGUCCGUCCAAUUAUCGCUUCCAUCUCCAGUGGAGUGGUGUCCAUCUGGGCUCAGAACCAAGUGGAAAACUGGAGCGCUUUUGCUCCAGACUUUAAAGAGCUGGAUGAGAAUGUGGAGUACGAGGAGCGAGAGUCUGAAUUCGACAUUGAAGACGAAGAUAAGAGUGAACCCGAGCAGACAGGUGCAGAUGCUGCGGAGGAUGAAGAGGUGGAUGUCACCACUGUCGACCCCAUCGUUGCCUUUUGCAGCAGUGAUGAGGAGCUGGAGGACUAUAAGGCCCUGCUGUACCUGCCCAUUGCCCCUGAGGUGGAGGACCCUGAGGAAAACCCCUUCGGCCCCCCGCCGGAGUCCGCGGCUCAGACCGGGGCCCCGGAGGAGACGCUGGCUGCCGGCGACAAGAAGCAACGACAACCGUCAUCUGAAGGCCCGGCCAAGAAGAAGACGCGCACCACCACCAUCGAACUGCAGGGGGUGCCCAGUGACGAGGUGCACCCCCUGCUGGGAGUGAAGGGCGACGGCAAGUCCAAGAAGAAGACAGCAGGCCGGCCCAAAGGCUCCAAAGGGAGUCUGCUCUCACAGUCGUACAAGCAACACGAUAUUGGAGGGAUGGACUGAUCACUGUUAGUGAAGCAGCCAACAACAGACUCAAACAAAGAGACAAAGCCUGAUGUCAUAAAACAGACUGAGCGAGCAGUUUGACAUGCAGACUGUUUUCUCUCCAAACCAGGGCUCACUUUACAGAAAAACUCCUGAGCCCGGAUCUCUUGACAGGAGCCGUCAAAGAGAGCGUGAAGCAGUGGAGUCAGUCAAAUGUCCUCUGUCUAUGUAGGGUUCAUCAUGUAUAGAUCACGUGCGUCCUGAUAGUGUGUGUGUCAUCUUUCUUGUUGUUUUUAUACGUAUUAAAACAUUUUGAUUUGUAAAUAA